AAGCUAAAACGAACCACACCACACCCACAAACACACUCAGUCUCUUGUUAAAAAAAAAAACACUCAGUCUCAGUCUCUCACUCACUCAGCCGAUCGAGCAAAAGCUAGUAGCUCUAAUCCACACCUCACUCUCACUCAUUCACCAAUCAGAAACCACUCGCCACCAUGUCAAUCCCGAUCAUCGGACGCAUAACCAGCAGGCUGCCUACAGUGCCAGUGCCAAACCCAAUCGGCAUCAUCGGCGGCAACGGAUCCACAACAGCCUCGCCGCCGGCACCGAUCACGGGCACCAUCGCGACCCGGUGGCGCGAGCUCCACGGCGAGACGUCGUGGAAGAACCUCCUGGACCCGCUGGACCCGCACCUCCGGGCGACGCUGAUCGCCUACGGGGAGCUCGCGCAGGCCACCUACGACGGGUUCAACUCGGAGCGCCGCUCCCCGAACGCCGGCUCCUGCCUGCACGGCCACGACGACCUCCUCACCGCCUCCAGCGUCUCCAGCCCGGGCCACUACAAGGUCACCAGGUUCAUCUACGCCACGUCGUCGAUCCCCUUGCCGGAGUCCUUCCUCUGCCUGCCGCUGCCGUCUCUCCCGGACGCCUGGAGCCGGGACUCCAACUGGAUCGGCUACGUGGCCGUGGCCACCGACGAGGGAGCCGAGGCGCUUGGCAGGCGCGACAUCGUGGUUGCCUGGCGUGGCACCGUGAAGAACCUCGAGUGGGUCAAUGACCUGGACUUCACCCCCGUGUCCGCCGCGCCCGUGCUGGGCUCGGCCGCCGGCAAGAACCGGCUCGCCGUCGUGCACCGUGGUUUCCUGUCCGUCUACACGUCCAGCAACAAGAGCUCCAAGUUCACCAAGACCAGCGCCAGAGAUCAGGUGCUGGAGGAGGUGAGGAGGCUUGUGGAGCUACACAAGGACGAGGAGACGAGCAUCACGGUUACAGGCCACAGCCUAGGGGCCUCCCUCGCCACCCUCAACGCCGUCGACCUGGUAUCCAGCGGCACCAACAAACCUUCCUCCUCCGAUGGCGACAAGAAGCCAUUCCCCGUUACAGCCAUCGUGUUCGCGAGCCCGCACGUCGGGGACCGGUUCUUCCGGUCGGCUUUCGGCUCCUUCCCGGACCUGAAAGCCCUCCACGUCCAAAAUGUAGGGGACAUCGUGCCAUUGUACCCGCCGCUGGGUUACGUGGACGUGGCCACGGAGCUGACCAUCAGGACGAUCCGGUCGCCGUACCUGAGCGUGCCCGGCACGCCGGUGACGCUGCACAACCUCGAGUGCUACCUGCACGGCGUGGCCGGGGAGCAAGGGAGCAGGGGAGGGUUCAAGCUGGAGGUGGCCCGCGACGUGGCGCUGGUGAACAAGGGCGUGGACGCGCUCACGGACGAGCACCCGGUGCCCGCCGGGUGGUGGACGCCCAAGCACAGGUGCAUGGUCCGGGGCGACGAUGGCCGCUGGACGCUCCAGGACUUCAAGCACAUUUGAAUUAAGGAUGUUCUCAUGAUCCUCCACGAUUAGUUACUAAAUAAGGGUUACAGUUCACCCAAUGUUAUGUUCUGAAAUUCUAAAUAACGGUAGCGGUUUGUUAACCGUUACCCUGCCGGGUACUGCUAUUUAUUACUCUAUGCUUGUCAAUGAUUUCUUGUGUUACAAGAUGAUAAAAAAAGCAGUUGGAGAUUUCUUGUGUUACAAGAUGAUAAAAAAAGCAGUUGGGGA